AUGGAAUCGUUGCUUGUUGGUGCUAUUGUCUGUGACGUCGUUGCUUAUUGGAGUCAUCAUUCGUGGUGUCGUGCUUGUUGGGGUCGUCAUUCGUUUCGUUGUUUAUUGAAGCCAUCAUUCGUGAACUAUAGUUCGCUUGAUAGUGUUACCUUUUUUGGGGGACCAUCGUUUGUGGUUUUGUUGUCACUUUCUGGUGUUUUUGCUUUCGUUGCCUCGGUUUCAUUGAAGUCGGACGAUUGA